AACCGGUCUGGGAACAUCGCCAAGAUGAACCGCCGUAGCACUCUGCCAUCGUCGUUGUUGCUGCUGCUGUUGCUGUGCGCGCCGCCCCUCGCCCCGGCCGACCGCCCGAACCCCUCCUGCCCCGCGAGAACGCAUUACGUCACUAAAUACUCUACGAAGACACAAGAGAUCCCGGUCUACGAAACCUCCUUCAUCACCGAGACCGUCACAGCGACGCUGCGCACGACGGAGUUCCAGACCAAAUUAAAGAAGCAAUUUACGACGGAGUUCACGCCGAAGCAGGUCACGAAAACGCUGAACCUCCUCUAUUACGUCACCGACACCAUCUACACCACGCACUACAGCACGAGCCACGUCACCCAGUACGUCACGCAGACUCUCCUGAGCCCUCAGUACGUCAAGGAGACGCACUACGAUAGCCUGCACGUCACCAGCACGCAACUCCACUACGAGCGCCAGUUUGAGAUCUCGACGCGCUACCUGACGCAGACGUCCCUCUCCUUCAGCACGGCCGUGGUGUCGACGGUCGUCCCGAGGCACGAGACCCUCGUGCAGACCCUGCGGAGGUACGUCACCUCCUGCGCCUACGAGGGCUAAGGCAGGGAUGGCGUCGGGAGAUGCUUAUCGCUAAGGCCAAAAGCAUGAUGCGAUCGCCACUCGCGAGUGCACCUGAGUGAGCGACGGCGACCGGCAGGGAGUGACCGCGAGCCAAAAUCUUCUGAAACGUGGAGGAGGUGACAAUUAAC